AGCCUCAAAACACCACAAACAGACCCUCCAUAUUCCACCCCACUAGAAGCUGCUCACAUCCCUCUCGCACACAAAAACCUGAAGGGGAAAGAAUUGAGAUAAAGCCAGGGUGGCAGGGUGAAAUAGCAUUUUGUUGCGCUCCAGCGAGAACACGCUACAGUUACAAUUGUCACUCCGGUAAAGAAAAAAUAAUAAUAAUAAAAAAAUAAAAGAAAAAAGGCAUUUAGCUUAAGGUUUGGAGUCCCUGCAAAUGCUCUGGAGAAGAUCAGCUAUUGAGAGUGACUACAUUUUAUUUAACUAGGCAAGUCAGUUAAAGAACACAUUUACGACGAGACACCACAACACUACAUAGAGACCCAAGACAACAUGCCUUGGGAGAGGAGCACUGUAACCCUCCCCUCAAAUUCUUUCGUCCUCAUCGGGGUGUGGGAAUUAAUAGUUCAGAAACCCUCCCCCUCUUUCAGAGCCAUGGGUAGUGUGUGAGACGUGGAGCAUACUAAUCACCAAGCCUGCAGCUGUCUAUCAGACCGUACAGAGAAAAAUAGCCCUGCCCCCUCAGUACCACCCACCAGAGAGAGAGAGAGGGAAAGAGGAAGCGCAAGGGCAGAAAAGAUAAGAGCAGUGAGACAGAUGCAGAGUGCCUGAGAGAACCAGAGACGUACAGAGGAAAGAACAGGCAGGUAUACAUUCAUCUGGCACUCUGCCUAGCAACGUAGCAAGGGAGCGACUGGAGUGGAGUGCAGAGUACGGGACAACUUUGCCCCGCUCAGCAGCAGUACCGGUGAUCUGCUGGAUCUCAUCUCUACGGCUCUGUUAGCCUCAAGUUAGCAGCAGCACUGAAAACGAGACUGCAUUGCUGGUGCUCCAACUACACACACAGUGUUCCCAUGUGAGUAAUAUUGAACUGAAACCAAGGGAGGGACGGUUCUGCGUGUGGGCAUGUUUGCAGUAAGUGGAAUAACUGAGAAAACAUAGCAGAGGAACGACGGCGUCCAAACCUGAGGACCGGAUCCAUAGAAGCAGUGGCCGCGUGAUUGGGCCAACCAUCCAGUGGGAGAAGAGCAGCGAUGGAAGUGUAACUGUGCGACGGUGAUGAGAGCCAAGGUGUGUUGUGGGAAGGGAGAAGAGGAUAUAGAUAAACCUUUCAAUCUAGGGGCAGCAAUGGGCAGAGGCAUGGGGAGGUUGUUUUACCCUGAGAGAUGUGCAGAGCAAUCCCUCCGUCCUCCUCCGAAACGACUUGCACUGGGAACAGAUAAACCCUCUGUUGAAGACUGCACUUCGUCUCAGAGCAUGAAGCUGGUUGAAACAUACAGGCAGGACUGACAUCUGACUAGCAAUUUAAAGUGACUUGAAUGGAAGAACAGCAUGCACCAUCCCAGGUGUAGUUCCCUCAGGAACUUCUGACACAUCACCCUGUCGUCGGCAAUAAAGGUUUGUUCGCACACGACAAGCACCUGACCGGGUGUCGCCGCUGCCCAAGUGAGGUGGUGCACAGCCACCAUGCUGUGGAGGAGGCGCUACUGCUGCACGCACGUCACCAGGCUCCUGUCUCUCCUCUCCUUGCUGGUGGUCCUGGUCAUCUUGCGUCAUCAGGACUGGCUGCCGGGCAUCAAGGGCCCAACAUUGCGGAGGGAGAACCCAGUGGCUUACACUGAGGGAGGACUACACUCCAAAGACAAAAGAAAUCACAGCUCCUCACAGAUUCAAUGGAGGGAUGCACCGGUUCCCCCUGCACCUCCGAAAAUGAAUGCCAACCUCAGUUACCGUCAGGGGGACUCCUCUCCGCAGCGGGUUAUGGGACUGGAGAGCUCGCUGGCGACUAAUGCUAGCUUGAGCGGAGAGGUCGGGCUAGCGGGCCUGCUGACAUCGGAACCCUACCCUUACAUCAUCAACGAGCCCAACAAGUGCUGGGAGGGCGGCCCAGAACCCUUACUGGUGCUACUGAUAGCCACGGAGAUCCAGCAGGUGGAGGCCAGGGAGGCCAUCCGGCAAACAUGGGGAAACGAGAGUGUGGUCCCAGGCCUUGUCCGGCUCUUCUUGCUGGGCGUGAAGGAGGGUGAGGUGGGCCGCCUGCAGCAGAGCAGACUGGAGACAGAGAGCAGGAGGCACCAUGACAUCAUCCAGCAGGACUUCAUGGACACGUACAACAACCUGACCAUCAAAACCCUGAUGGGCAUGCACUGGGUGGCCGCGCACUGCCCGGGCGCCAAUUACGUCAUGAAGACAGACAGUGACAUGUUUGUCAACACCGAGUAUCUCGUCCAGAAGCUGCUCCGGCCCAAAAAUCAGCCCAAACGUGACUAUUUCACAGGCUACCUGAUGAAGGGCUAUGCGCCCAACAGGAAUAAGAACAGCAAGUGGUACAUGUCCCCUGAGCUGUAUCCCAGCGAUAGGUACCCCACCUUCUGCUCAGGAACUGGCUACGUGUUCUCGGGGGACCUGGCGGGGAAGAUCUACAGGGCCUCUCUAGGCAUUCGCAGGCUGCAUCUGGAGGACGUCUACAUGGGCAUCUGCCUGGCCAAGCUGCGGAUCGAACCCACACCGCCACCCAAUGAGUUCCUGUUCAACCACUGGCGGGUGUCCUACUCCAGCUGCAAGUACAGCCACCUCAUAACCUCCCACCAGUUUGACCCCAACGAACUGCUCAAGUACUGGCACCACCUGCAGCGCAACAAGCACAACGCCUGCAUCAACACACCCAACGACUAGAUGGGCAGGUUUCACCAGAGGAGACUGCAUGGGUACAGAAUAUUUGGUGACAAAAGGAUCAAGGGUGAUGUUAGAUCAUGGCCUGUGCAGAGUCACUGGCAAGAUGUAACCGAGUAAAGCACGUUUUUGGACAAACUAAUGGUUGAGGACAGUCAUAUUUUUUUUUUACUGGCACUCCAGUUCAUUUUUUUUGUUUAAUAUAUUAAUUGAAAAAAAAAAUGUAUGCGUCGGUAUAGAGAGGACCUGAAUUAAAGCCGCUACACAAACAGCGCGAUGGAGCGUCAUAUACAGGCCGUUCCAACAUUUAAGCCACACGAAAGUACAUAGAACUACGUGUGAAAAUGAUGCUCCAUCGCCGUUUGCGUGUGAAGGGCCCAUUAUAUUUGAACAGGGGAUACUGAUAAAGCUUAGACUGUAUUGGUGGACUGUCACGGUCUGGUAUCCAUUGUGUUGAACUUGGGUUUAAAUAGUUUCCCUUUUUUUAAAUUUUUAUGUUGGGUUUCAAAGAGCCUUCAAGGGUACUUCAAUUAUUCCCCCAAAAGAUCUUUGGGCAUACUUGAGCAGUGGUAAAACCACUUCUAGUGCCAAAUAAAGAAUGUCAAGUAUCAAAAACCAAAAAGAACAUUGAAUCAUCUCACAAGUAGCAGUUGACAUGUAGAAAGAAUGAAAGACAGGAUAUCUGCAAGAGUAGAGCAUGUGGUUGACAGGAAACAGAUCUGGGUGGAACACAGAGCAUAAGAUUAACACCUGUCAAAUGCGAGUAGAUUUACAUUGUUUUGUUUUCAAGCUUGGUUGUUUUUCAACGUUAGUUCGAGUCUGCUGCUUCAACAAAGCGAAGAGCCGUUGCUCAGAUCCCAAAUCUCCCAGAAACACGUGACAGGAGUCUAGUGUUCCCAUUACCACAGUAACCUCCGGUCUCUGAUCAUUUAAAUUGAGCAAUAUACCACAUUACUUCUUACUAAUUCAUGUAUUGUUUUAGAAACAUUACAAAGCAUGGUCAUCCGUAUUUUUUAAAUGGUAUUUUUAUGCAAUUAUGGUCCCAAUUUUCUGGGGGGCUGGUAAAAAAAAUAUAUAUAUAGCUGACUAACGGAGAAGAAACUAUACAAAUAGAGACACACACUACAUAAACUACCAGUCAUUUAUUGAGUAAAUCACCAAUGUUUCGGCAUCACUGUGCCUCCUUCAGCGUCACCCUACAACGAUGGGGUUGUUCAAUUCCUGCACGGACUAAACAUCCUGAAUAUAUGUUAAACUACAAGCCGACUAGGGUAACAGAAGACGAAAGGAUGAUCUUACCGUCACAGACUUCAGGGUCAUGCCGUGGUAUGUUCCCAUGGUGUCAAUCUUGAAACCCUCCGUUUCUAAGGACACAAUUAGUUAAUCAAUAUUGAAUCUUACUUUUCAUUUUUUUUUAAAUAGUUACAAUUUUUUUUGGUUUAUCUUCAUUUGUUCAUUACUGUGUAAGGAAAUGAAAAACACUAAAAUAUAUAUUUACUUCACAAAUUUAA